GUCCGUGUGGAUUUAACGGCAGACACAGCAGCAGCAUCACUCCAGUCGGGAAUCUACGAGUUGUUUUCUCACAGAAGAACACCCAGUAAAGAAGGCAGAGCUUGAGUCAUGUGUGGGAUCUUUGCCUACCUAAAUUACCGAGUGCCUCGCACCAGAAAGGAGAUAUUUGAGACGCUGGUGAAGGGACUGCAGAGACUGGAGUACAGAGGGUACGAUUCAGCAGGUGUCGCUGUGGAUGGCCCUAAGAAGAAGGACAGUGACGUAAACAACAACAGCAUCUGCUUGAUCAAGAAGAAGGGGAAGGUCAAGGCCCUGGAUGAGGAGCUAUACACUUGCUCAGAGAAGGACUCGCUGGACCUGGAUGAGGAGCUGAACACACACUUUGGCCUCGCUCACACACGCUGGGCCACACACGGAGAGCCGAGCGCUCUCAACAGCCACCCUCAUCGCUCUGACAAGAAUAACGAGUUUGUCGUCAUCCACAAUGGCAUCAUCACCAACUACAAAGAGCUGAAGGCGUACCUGAUCACCAAAGGAUAUGAGUUUGAGUCAGAGACGGACACGGAAGUGAUCCCCAAACUGAUCAAAUAUGUUUACGACAACCGGGAGAAUGACAACAUCUCCUUCUCCACGCUGGUAGAGAGGGUGAUUCAGCAGCUGGAGGGGGCCUUCGCUCUGGUGUUUAAAAGCCAUCAUUUCCCUGGAGAGGCUGUAUCCACCAGGAGAGGAAGUCCAUUGCUCAUUGGUGUGCGAAGCGAGCAUGAGCUGUUGACCGAAAACAUCCCCAUCCAGUACAACAGUGGUCACUACAAGGAGGCUGUCCAGGAGAAGAACAGCCAUAAUCGUCCCGACUGCUCCAGCGCCAUCAACUCUGUGGGAGAUGGCAGAGCUGUGGAGUAUUACUUUGCCUCUGACGCCAGUGCCAUCAUCGAGCACACCAACAAGGUGUUGUACAUGGAGGAUGAUGACAUUGCAGUGGUGACCGGCGGGAAACUCUCCAUCCACAGGCUAAACCGGCAGGCUGGUGAGGAUCCAGUGAGGGCAAUCCAGACCCUGCAGAUGGAGCUGCAACAGAUCAUGAAAGGUAAUUUUGAUGCCUUCAUGCAGAAGGAGAUCUUCGAGCAGCCGGAGUCAGUGGUCAACACUAUGAGAGGACGGAUAUGUUUUGACACCAACACAGUGGUUCUCGGCGGGCUGAAGGACCACCUGAAAGAAAUCAAACGCUGCAGACGGCUACUCGUGAUUGGCUGCGGCACUAGCUUCCACGCUGCAGUGGCUACCAGACAGAUCCUCGAGGAGCUGACAGAGCUGUCCGUCAUGGUGGAGCUGGCGAGCGACUUCCUGGAUCGCAACACGCCCGUUUUCAGAGACGACGUUUGCUUCUUCAUCAGCCAGUCAGGAGAGACAGCAGACACCUUGAUGGCACUACGGUACUGCAAGAGCCAAGGUGCUCUGACAGUUGGUAUAACCAACACUGUGGGCAGCUCCAUUUGCAGGGAAACAGACUGCGGAGUUCACGUCAAUGCUGGGCCUGAGAUAGGAGUGGCUAGCACAAAGGCCUACACCAGUCAGUUUGUGGCCCUCGUAAUGUUUGGCCUGAUGAUGAGCGAGGACAGGCUCUCCCUACAGCAGAGAAGACUGGAGAUCAUCAACGGCCUCAGGGUGCUACCUGAGCUGAUAAAGACAGUGUUGGCCCUAGAUAAGAAGAUCAAGGACAUCGCCAAUGAACUGUACCAGCAAAGGUCUCUUCUGGUCAUGGGCCGAGGGUUCCACUACGCCACCUGCCUUGAGGGGGCGCUGAAAAUCAAGGAGAUCACGUACAUGCACUCUGAGGGCAUCCUGGCUGGUGAGCUGAAGCACGGCCCUCUGGCACUUAUCGACAAAGACAUGCCGGUCAUCAUGAUCAUCAUGAAAGACGCCUGCUACACCAAAUGCCAGAAUGCUCUGCAACAAGUCACUGCCAGAUCGGGUCGGCCCAUCAUCCUUUGUUGCCAGGACGACCCUGAGAUGACUAAGAAUGCCUACCACGCUAUUGAGCUGCCGCAAACUGUGGACUGUCUGCAGGGCAUCCUCACUGUCAUCCCCCUGCAGCUCCUGUCCUUCCACUUGGCCGUCCUGCGAGGAUAUGACGUCGACUUUCCCAGAAACUUGGCCAAAUCUGUGACCGUGGAGUAAUUACAGUUCACACAGAGCAGGAGAGGAGAAAGGAGGCUCAUUGAUUUACAGUGCAAUUGAAUGUUCAGUAUGUUUGUGUGUGUGUGUGUGUGUUGCGAGACUGGGGUGAAGUAGGGCACUUUGUGUGUGUGUGUGUAGAAGAGAGCGUGAAUGAGUGAGAGUGAGAGGACAUGACAGAAGACAGAGGGAGGGAUACGGUACAAUAUCUAUUUAAAAAAAGAAGAGAAAUGUGAAGUCCAACCAAUACACUGCUGAGGAAGUGCCAGUGCCAGUGAGGCCUCUCAGAACAAUCUAUGAAAAACAACAUUCACACGUCCAAAGCAACAUGCUGUGCCUUUUUUCUUAUCUUGAGAUGAGCCAAAAACACACACAACAGGCUUAGCAGAAAAACAUUGAUCUGGUGUAUUGAAGUGUUUACAGUUGUGCAAUAUGGGGACCAAAUGUGCAUUAUGUAUGUACACAAUCAUGAGUUAGGUGAUUUAUUCUCUUUCUGUUGGAUGAAUUUCUUACAUCUGUUGGGGGCGUCUUACCUCCCUUUGCAUUGUGGGAAAUGUAAGACUCAUGUGGUUUUAUUCCAGAGGGUUGUCGACUUACCAAAAUCUCAUUUUUUUUUUUUACUUUGCUGCAUAUUCAUGCCAUCACUGUGCCUGGUGGGCCUGUCGCCCAUUACUUCGACAUUUUGUAGCAAAAGCUACCUGAAGGAAGUUCCUCAAUCUGACUUUUACAUUAUUACUUGAUUCUUUUUUUUUUUUUUAAUGUACGCUCCAUUUUAUUGUUGUUUCCCUUUAAUUUAAAAUACAUUGUACGGCUGUUUAACAUAACUGCAGUUUCCAAAGUCAGUUCAUGGUGGAACAUGAAGCAUUUUCCCCCUGAUGCUCUUCAUACUUAUCCUUGUCACAGGGUGGAGCAUUUUCAUAGACACACGUGAAAUUUAUUUAAACAGCAUUCAUGCAGCAAAAAAAGUACUUUCAAUAAUGCUUUUAUUUUGUCAGCCAUUUGUAUGGAUUUAUGAUAAUGUUCUGUAUUUAUCUGAUUCUUAUUUUAUAGGGGCUUAAGAAAGGGUUUGAUUUAUAUCUUUAACUGUGAUUGUAUUUUAUACUGUAUGUUUUAUAGACAUAAGCAGGCACUAUCAAUCAAUAAAUAAAUAGAUAAAGCAUUUUAUUCAAA